UCCCCCCAGCCCUGAUUGGCCAGUGCCAGGAGGACACGUGACAUUGUGGCCUAGCUGUGGGAAGAUGGCGGAACCGUCCAGCGUCUCUUCGGAAAAUGCUUGGGUCGAGUCUUCUUUUAGUGACAACGGGCUAGAUCCUGCACUCUUCGUUGAAAGCAGGAGAAAAGGGAGUAUUGUAUCAAGAGCUAACAGCAUUGGCUCAACCAGUGCCUCUUCAGUACCAAAUACAGAUGAUGAGGACUCAGAUUACCAAGAAACCUACAAAGAAACGUAUAAGGACCGUCGUCGACGUGCACACACACAGGCUGAGCAGAAGCGAAGAGAUGCCAUCAAAAAAGGCUAUGAUGAUUUGCAAGCGAUUGUACCAACAUGCCAGCAUCAAGAUUUCUCACUAGGUUCUCAGAAGCUAAGCAAGGCAAUUGUGCUGCAAAAAACUAUUGAUUAUAUUCAGUUCUUGCACAAGGAAAAGAAGAAGCAGGAGGAAGAAGUCACUACGCUCCGGAAAGAUGUGAUGGCGUUGAAAAUCAUGAAAAUAAACUAUGAGCAGAUUGUGAAAGCUCACCAGGACAAUCCAAAUGAAGGCAAGAACCAGGUCUCUGAUCAGGUGAAGUUCAACGUGUUCCAAGGAAUCAUGGACUCCUUAUUCCAGUCCUUCAAUGCCUCCAUCUCCGUGACAAGUUUUCAGGAGCUCUCCGCAUGUGUCUUCAGCUGGAUAGAAGAGCACUGCAAGCCACAGACCUUACGAGACAUUGUCAUUGGUGUCUUGCAACAAUUGAAGAGCCAGCUCUACUGACCCCAUGAAGACAGUUUAGGACAUUGCAUCUUGGAACUAUGUGGUCAGGCUUGGAUUUUGCCAUUAAUUCCUCUUCAAGCUUUUUAUGGGACUACUGGUUGUGAUUAGCCCUCCUUUCAGCCUGAACUCAAGUGAGCAAGAAAUUCACUGUCUAUUGAUGAAAAUUAACUCCUGCUGUACUCAAUUUCAGGUCUUGGCCCUGUUCAGCAGUUUGAUCCAGCUUGUCCUGAUAGGAAUCUGUAGCAAAACAGCCAUGUUGUUUAAAAUGAGCUUAGCUCCUUUUAUAAGGACAGUGAAAUACUAGGAGCUUAGCUGUUUUUAGACUUCCCUUUUUCUUAGAGCAGCAGCUGAGCUUUUUACAUUCGUGGCACUAAAAUGUUGAACUUGGUUUAACUGGCAUUAGCUAGCUUAGGAAGUUGAAAGUAGGGCUGUUCAUGUACAUAGACUUAGUAGACACACAAUGAGCUUGCAUAGCAUUUGCUUUGAGUUAAGGGCUGAUUUAUGCAACAAACUGUUGUAUUUCGCAUACUGCCUUUUGUUAGUCCUGCAGAGGAGCAAUAAUCCGUGGUACUUCAGAAGCCAUUACCUCAAAGUCCUAUGUAACCUACAGUCCAAUUUCUUAGUGUCCUUAUUGAAUUGCUGGAUCUACUCACAGGCACAGUUUGCCUUCAGUAUACAAAUAAAUCCACAGAUUUUGUUAGCACAGGAUACAGACUUGCAUACCUAGUAAUGCAGGAAAAUGAGCCUAAGCUAAUCCACCUCUGCAACUUCUGCUUUCUGUUUAUUAACUAAAAAGAAUGUCGUUUUUAAAAUACACACUGCUUUCUGGCUCUGCUGCUGGUUGGUGGAGAAGGACUCUGGUUUAGACAGACCUCACUCAUGAAAAUUAAACUAUUUUUUUAUCAUAACAAGCAACAAGCAAUUCUAAUAAAUUUUGCUAAGUGUUUCAGUUA